AUGGCUGCCGAUGACGAUCUUGAUGCUCUCGAUUCGCUGAAUUCCCUAGAGAAGGAAGCUUCUGAGUUCACCAAGGAUGCAGAGAUCGAUCGCAUAAGAAAGGCCUUCCAACUCGAUGCCUACGCGGUACUUGACCUACAGCCCGGCGUGCCCGACUCUGAUAUAAAAGUCCAAUACCGGAAAAAGUCUCUGCUUAUCCAUCCUGACAAAACCUCCAACCCAGCUGCCCCAGAUGCAUUUGACAGGCUUAAAAAGGCGCAGACGGCUCUACUUGAUGAAAAACAACGAGCACAUCUCGACGAAUGUAUAGCGGACGCGCGACGGUUGCUAAUAAGAGAACACAAAUAUACACUUGAUUCACCGGAGCUUAAGACUGAAGCGUUUAAAGAGGAAUGGAGAAAGAAAACAGUGUUUGUCUUGUUGGAGGAAGAGGCAAGGCGCCGGAGACAGCUGAAGGGUAGGAUGCAAGAGGAAGGAAGGGAGAAGAAGAGGGAAGAGGAAGAGUUAGAGGCACGAAAGCGAAAACGAGAUGAAGAGAAGGCGUGGGAAGAGUCGAGGGACACCCGUAUUGGGAGCUGGAGAGAUUGGCAGAAAGGUAGGAAAGGUGGUGAUAAAGAAGGGAAGAAGAAAAAGAAAAUGAAGGUUUUGGGAUAG